GGUCGGGCAACUGCUGAGUGAGUUGGCGGAGAAUGACCCCUAUCAAAGUGAACGAUUUAUUAAGUAAAAUUUUUGGGUAAAUUCGAGACAAGCUAAAAUUACCUAAAAUGUGUGAACUAUUUGAAAAAUAUUGAAAUUUUAGUUUUCAUUAAAUAAUACCAUUUAAGUACCAAGCAAAAUUCAAGUUAAGCUAACCUUUUUAAAAUAUUUUCUCAACAUAGUUGAAAUACUUUUCAUUGAUCAGUUGUUGAAAGGUAGUGCAUAUCUGAGCUCAUAAUUGUAGUUGUAUACAAAUAAUGCUUAAACAAAGAAAUAAAUUAAAUAAAUUGAUUAGUUUUUUUUAAAUAGUAACAUUGUUUCAUUUUAGUCAACUUCAAAAGAUUGACAAUUAGUGUGAGGACAGAAAACAGAGCUUUCAAAAAGACGUUGUUCAGUUCACUUGAAUUCUGAAAUUGGAACAGCAGCCCUUUUCGUUUUUAGAGAAAAUAUUUGCACUAGCGAAAAAAUUAAGGUAAUGUGGUCAAUGCUCGAACGUACUUAGAAUGACAUUUAUAUUGUUCAAAAUUAAACAUUUUAAUUUUUGAUAUAAGCUUGAUUGGUGCUGUUAAAUUUGUGCCAUAUGUUUGAAAUUGGAUUAAAAAAUCCCCAAUACGAGCUUUUACCUUAGCCGAUGUGAACCUUCUUCGAAUUCGCAAUCCAAAUAUUAGUUUUCUGGUUGGUCCGCCAUGUUGCAACAGGUUUCAAGCUUGCUUAUAAAAGGUAGGUUCACAAAGCCAUAAUUUCAUAGGUUUCAAGAUGGACUCCCGAGCAAUAGCUUCCUCUGGUGAUCUAUUAGAAAGUGGGCUUCAAGCUUUGAUUGCACACAUUUAUUCAACGUACAUGCUGGAGAUUUACGCGACAUGCCUGCUGUUGAGCAAGAAUCGCACGGCCUUCAUACGCCAGUUCGCACUGUUUCCCAACUAUCCGUUGGCGACGAUGUCGCCGGAAGGGCACAAACCGGAACAGUUGACCGAGUUCAUCGAUCUGGGCUGUCACGCGUUCGUUAUGGACCAGGACGUGUUGGAAACGUUUCUGGAUGUGUACAUUCGUAGCCACGAUUUGGCCAUGUUUCGUAAUCCGAACAAAACAAUCAUUGUGCUGCGGGAUUCUGACUCUGCGAUUGAUCGGGCUGUCCUUUUUGAUAUGUUCCAUCGCCAUCCGGCGAUGAGGGAGAUUGUGAAUAUGUUGAUUUUGCUACCGAAGGACGAUAGAGUGGACUUGUGGACUCAUAGAUAUGUUUCGACAUCGGAGAGGGGACGAGAGAUGAUUCUUCUGGAUAGCUACUUGUUAUCUAAUGGAACUUUUGUCUUUGGUAACCAUUUGUUCCCCAACAAACUGCUAAAUAUGGAACGGAGAACGUUCCGGUUGGCAAGCUUCCGGCUUAUUCCACAUUUCAUUGUAAAGCCAACCGAUGAUCCGUAUCCGUUGGCUACCUUUCACAGACAAAACGUUACAAUCGACGGAAUGGGUGGUUUGCUGAUGGCAGAAUUUUGUAUUAAGUUUAACUGCACAUGGGAUGUAUCGAUAGAUCAACUUGGUGAGUGGGGAACAAUCUACGAGAAUUGGACUGGAAACGGAAUCGUUGGGACGUUGGCCGAACGUCGUGCGGACGUUGGAAUAGGUUCGUUGCUGUCUUGGUGGACUAGCCAUCAAUAUCUGGGUUUUACAGCGGUGCUGCGCAAGGUUGGGAUUGGUUGCUUUGUUCCUCGACCUCAUUUGAUCCCCACGUGGAAAACAGUCGCGCUGGUGUUUAGUCCUACUGUCUGGAUUUGCAGCGUCCUGAGUGUGGUGUGUUGCAUUGCAAUGUACGAUCUGAUUUCCAGGUACGAUCCAUCUCCGGAGGCCGAGCAUAGAAGUUUGGGCUGGAACGCGGUCAAUGUUGUGGCCAUGUUUCUGUUCAACGGUGCCAAGAUUUUGUAUGGUUCGUUGUCCGAGUGUGUCCUAUCGAUUGCCCUGAUUGCGUUCACCAUCAAUUUUGGGAACAUCUUCAUCGGAAAGAAUGCAAGCUUGCAAGCCUUUCCACUGUUCGAUCCACCCAUAGAUACCAUCGAAGAUAUGGCCAAAGCGGGCAUGAUCUGGUCCCACACCCAUGAGGCGUGGGCACAUUCGGUGCGGAAAACUUCUAAUCCCUAUUUGAUGCAGGUUGCCACUAACUAUCGCAUUCACCCAAUUCCCGAGUUGAACGUGUUAGCAGACCAAGGCAAGGUCGGGUUUGCCGUUAGUAAGAUGAACUACGGUCACUUCAUGAUCGGUGAUUUCAUAACAGCCAAAAACGUAAUGCUCUAUCGCAUGAUGACGGAGGAUCUCUACUUCGAUUGGGAGGUCUCCAAGGUCACCAAAACCUGGCCCCUCAAGGACCUGCUCUCGGAUAUGAUACUGCGCUUCAACGACGGAGGUCUGCGCGAGUUUCAGGAGCCGGUUCAGGCCAAACGCCACAUGGACUACGGGGUGCAGAUCAAAAUCUUUCACUCGCAGGACCGCGAGGAGGUGCCACCCCACGCGAUGGGCUGCGAAGACUUGCUGGCGCCCUUCAUUGUGCUGGGGGCGGGAGUUGUGGUGGCACUGGUGACAUUCGUUGGCGAGAUGACCUGGAGCUGGGUUGAGAGCAGGAUGCCCAAGAACUUGAAGUGGGUCGUGUUCAAGUGAGAUGUUACGUGAGCUUGGGUUUGAAUUGUGGCUGAAGAUGUGGCUUAUGCUUUAAAGCUUAAUGAAGAAAGCUUUGCUUCUUGCUUUUAGAAUCUACGUUCAAAUAUAUUUGUAUGCUGAUGAAAUAGAUGAUUUCUCUCCUUGAGGGCCGC